CAAUGGCCUCUAGUCGGACUUACCUUUCAAAAUUCCCCUCUUUUUCACUUUUUGCAAUGUAGUAUAUUUACACUUACUAUUUUUACAUUAAUUUCAUACUUACAUGACUAAUAAAACUGUAUUUUUGAACAGUUGUUAUAUUUUUCUUGUCUGUAUUUUUCAGCUCCAAUCAAAUUGCAGUUAGUUUUAUUUAAGUCAAAAUUUACUUAAUUGCUCUUACAUACCAAAUAACUUUUAUACAAUUACACUAUAUAUUUGUUGUGUGUGUUCAUUGUAUGUACUGUAUACAACUCGUACGUUUACUAAUUUUAAUAUUGACCCCAAAAUAUUGUGGCAGCCUUAAAUACUAAUCUGACCCAACUAAAUAUUACUGACAAUACUGACAUGAUUAAAAGAUCGUGAAAAAGCCAUGUUGAUUUUGGACAUAAGAAUUUGAUAUAACUAGGAUGAGAUCUUGCCUUUGAUUUGCGUUAUGCUCAAUAAUUAUCAUAAAAAUGGCAUUAGAAUUUAUCCCACAUAAUAAAUGACAUAAAUCAGACCUUUUUCUUUUACAAUGUAUAGUACUGUGGGGGAAGAUGGGACACCUUUAGUGCAUAAUAUCUAAAUAUUCUGAUCAUGUUUUAAACAAUUAACAAUGGUCUGUGGGAGUCGUGAGGAUAUAGUUUUAUGAUGCCUUAAAUGUUCUUUGUUUACUACUAAAUGGGAUGAGAAAAUAUAAUGAAAAGGUGUCUCAUCUUCCCCCACCCUACUAUAUAUUAUAUAUUGAUCCUCCACAUAGAUAUAACCUGUGUCUUUAUCAAUGCUUAAAUGACUAACCCCUGUGAAAUGAAUUAAUCUGAUCUUGUUGCUGUAAUAUGUAUUGGUCCAUGGAUAUCCAACUAACUUUUUUAUACCUUUUUGUUAUACAUGGAUUUGUAGAUAAUAAUAAUAUGAGCCAAGAUGGAAUCAGCAAUGGGAACCACCCAACUGCAAGCCUGGAAGUCUCUCAAGCUCGCUGUCGAUAAAUAUUCGCAAAGCACUGGAGCGGAGGUUGCCGUGGCAACAACAUACUUUGCUGACACAACCGACAACCAUCUUUCGUUUAAUCAAUCCAAACCUAAAACUACGGUUUACGGCCACGGAAGUUUGUUGUUCGAAGUUCGGAAGAUUGUUGAAGUCCCAGGUGCAUCCAUGCGCGACCAGCAAUGGAUAAUUCCCGAGAAAAAUGUUGAUAAUGCCGAUGUCAUCAACGCUCAGCAAAUUCCAAUAAAUCCAAAACUUCACCAACAAUCUGUUUCAAGAUCUCUUGCUUCAAGUUUUCGAACAUUAAAGUUGGAUUCCCACCCAAGCACUUUGGCACAUGGUUCAUCAGGUUCGGCUUGUAUAACACCACCUUCCAUGCAAGAUAGUCCAGCCCAUGAAAUAAAAGACAAACCAGGCACUGGCCGAAGAAAAUCAAAGCAGAAAAAGUCAAAGAAACAGAAUUUGUCGGAAGAUUUUGAACUCGAUGAUAAUUUGCUGUUUGAUGAGCAUGAUGAGGAGCCCUCUAGUGACGAUGAGUCCGAGGAUUCCGAUGAAAGUGAAGAAGAUCCUCGCCCAUUGAGGUUUGGUCGCUACCAUGCCCCACCUAGUGGGAGGAUGCUGCAACAGAAUCUUCUCAGCCAAGAUCAGUUCGCGACGUCAUUACCUGUUAAUAUUAAUUUGAACUGGGGUAACCGAACCGACGCCUCUCGUUUCCGUGCCAACCAGGGACCACACCCCCCAACUUUCGACCAAUCAAAACUCGUUACAUCUGGACCGAAAAUCGUUCGCGCUGACAAGACACCCCAGUUAGACACAAUGAUGGCAUCAAUGCAAGCGCUCGCUCGAAGUGUAACCGAUGACUCAGCGCUUAUUUUUGGCGAUCGACCACGUCCACGAAUUCAUGAUGAGUCAGGAUUCAAAGGAAACAUGAAGUUUUAGAUAUCGGUGGGAAUCUAUGAUGUAACAAUGCCACUAUAGUGGUGAAACAAAGCUCAUUAUUGUGCUUGUCUCAAGGUACUUUUGUUAAUGUUCCAUUUUUUGUUUGUUCAUUGUUUUGUCAUAACCAGAACUGUUUGUGGUGCUAGUGUUAUAGAAAUCAUAAAAAUAUUAGAUUCCGAAAGCCCCGUUUUGGUUUAAGUUAUCUCAUAUUCUCAUGUUACACAGAACUUAAUUUAAAUUUGAUUUGCAAUAUUUCGGUUUAUUUAUUACCUCAAAUUCUUAGUUAAAAUUUGAGUAGUUCAAUGUUUGCUACAUGUUUUGUGAAACUAUUAAAAAAGUAACAAAAAAAAUUAAACUAAUCACAAAAAAAACUCAUAAAUUUAAUGUUUUCUUAGAAUCUGACUGUUUUUUUGUCUAAUUUAAAUUUGCUGAACAAUUUAUUAAAUUGUGAUAGAUCAAAUUAAGGCACGUCGUAAAUUGUGUUUGUUUUAUCAUAGUGCCAAUUAUGUGAUAUUUCUAUGACAUCACAAUCACCUACCUUUUCAUAAAUAUAAAGUUCAAUAAAUGGUUUGUUUGUUGAUGCAA